AUGGAUGAUCUAAUUUACUAUGAUAAAGAAUAUUGGUGCAAAGUGUAUUUUAAUUGUGAAGUCAAGUCUGAUGCAAUAGAUAAUAAUAUGUGUGAGAGCUUGAAUGCUUGGAUUUUGUCUGCAAGGCAUAAAACCAUUAUUAGUAUGCUUGAAGAGAUAAGGAUUAAGGUCAUGACUAGGUUAGCUAGGUUAGCUAGGUUAAGUGAAUUUCCAAACUCUUGGAUAACCAACUUCUCUCCAAUGGCAAUGAAAGUAUUAGAAAAAAAUAUUGAUAAGUCAAUGGCAUGUAACAUUGAGUUUAAUGGAGUAACUGGAUAUGAGGCUUUAGAUGGAUACAAACAACACACUGUAUGUUUGAGAAAGAGAGAGUGUAGUUGUAGAUCUUGGAUGUUGAAGGGAAUACCAUGUGCACACGCCUUAGCUGCAAUGUUGCAUAGACAGUAUGAUCCACAUGAUUUCAUUCAUCCAUGCUACUCUAAAGAGAGGUAUUUGAUGACUUACUCACAUUUCAUACAACCUAUGAAUAACAUGCCAAUGUGGCCAGAAUCAAGAAAUCCUCUAGUUGCUCCACCAGUGAUUAAAAAAAUGUCAGGCAGGCCUAGAAAGCUAAGAAGGAAAGAGGCUGGUGAAACUAAGGUGUCUGGUAAGCUGUCUAAAACUGGACUAACUAUGACAUGUAGUCUUUUCCAUCUUAAAGGUCACAACAAAAGAAGUUGUCAUUUACGAAGGAGUGAUGGAGUUGGUUCUAUUGCCGAGGAACAUAGAGCUACCCCUACUUCAAAUGUUGAAGAACCAUCAAGCUCAAGAAAGGGAAGGGGAAGGGGAAGACCAAAGGUACAUUACUAUUUUGUCACUUACUUUUAA